AUGCCCUCUGUCUUCUCUUCCAAGACCUGGAAGAUGCUCAGAUCUGGAAAUACUGGUGUUAGCUCUGAACUUGGUCACUUUUGGCCAUAUCAACAAACUACCUGUUCUCUGGCUACUUUAAGCCCAGAAGAAAACACAUCAUUGGCCUUCUGCCAAUCAAAUCCUAUGGAUUUUUAUGCCACCUCUUCCUUAAACUAUGAUAUUCUAGACUGGGAUCAAGGGAGUUUUUCCAACUACCUUUAUCCCAGUAUAAAUCUGAGGACUUGUCCUUGGAUUUCUAUGAUAGAGGUUGAUUUCAACCCAAGCCCGUUGGCACUGUUAAUAGAGAUUGUUAUCAAUCUGAGCCCGUUGGCACCCAACCAUUUGGUUGAUCCCCUUCCAUUUAACAUGGUUGAGGAGAUGAUAUGUGAUACACAUGUCCUUCCAUCUAUGGUUGGCAAAUUGAGAAACAACAGAGAUGCCCUUCCAUUUAUGGUUGAGGAGACAGGCCAAGUGGCUUACUCAAAUAUGAGAGUUGAUAAGAUGUAUAUGCAUACAUCAGGGGUAUCACCCUUGUUAUAUUGGAAUGCACAAAGCUCAUGGUCAGAAACUUUGAACUUGAAAAAUGGUGGCUUUUCUAUCUGUCUUGAACUUAGCCUUGAGCUAUGUAAAAGUGACUACACAUUUUCUGAAUAUGUAGAUUUAAAACUUCAUAAGAUAUGGUUGCAUCUGAGAUCUUCUCCACUGUUGGAAUUAUAUAGAUUUACCCUCAGUAAAAUGCCAGGAACUUGGUUUGAAAUUGAAAAGAAAUAUAUUGAGAUCUCAUGA